CACGCAUUUUUAUCCGUUGCCAUAUUUUUGUGUCUUUUCCUGUUUUGUGGAAAUUAGCCUUUUCUCCUUCCUAGGGUUUUUAUUUUGUUCGCUCUCGAUCGCAAGAAAUCCGAAUGGCGGAGGAGGCUCACAACGGCGCUGGAGCUGAGAACGGUGUUGAAGUUGCUGCUCCUGCGGUUGUUUUUUCUGCAGUGAAGCCGUGGUUGGUGGUUGAAGCGCCUAAGGCUCAAGAGGCAGUGAGGUUUUACAAGGCGGCGUUCGGAGCUGAGGAGGUGAGUCGCGUGAAUCAUCCGAAAAGGAAGGCGGAGCAGGAGCAGCCUCUUGUCCUUUCUGCGGAGCUGAAGAUAGGAGGCUCUGUUGUGGUCGUCGCCGACCUCACCGACGACGCCUCUGCUCCAGUUAAAUCUGCGGUUACCGGUGGAGUGUUUUGCCUGGAGACAGAAGAUGUUGAUGGCGCAGUGGCGAAAUCGGUUGCCGCCGGAGCUGUUCCGGAAGGAGAGAUAUCGGAGGGUGAAGGCGCGUGCUGUGGAGGUCGCGUUGGGAAGGUGAAGGACCCCUACGGUAACUUAUGGCUAAUCUGCAGUCCGUCUAAGAAAUGUGAAGUGGUUGAGAAGGAGGCUUAAUGGCCUGGCCGUAGAGGCUGCUGUUAAGUUCCCGUGAUCUGACGUUACCCAAUCUCUCCUUUGUCUCUCUUAGUUAAUGGCUAGUACUUACUACUACUUUAUCUGCGUUUUGUAUCCGAUCUACCCUACCCUACCUUACUCUGCCCUACCCAUCCUGGUUUUGAUGAGGCCAGGCCAUUGAUAAUUAGGAUGUAAUUCUGCUUCUUUACUUAGUAUCUGAACAUCGAUUGCCUUUCGUGUUACUGAAGUAGUUUAAUUAAUUAUAAUAUAUUAUAUUGAUGCUUUCCUAGUUUAA